CAUAACAACCAAAAAAUGUGGAGGCAUAAAUGGACGGCAGUUGGGACACUACCAGAGUCAGUCUGCUGUUUGGCACCGUCCAGUUCGUUUGGUAUUUCACUCGCAGCCAAAAUGAAUUCCUUACUGCCGUUGAUAGCCGUCGUUUCGUUCAUGGCUGCCGUCGUCAUGACUCAAGAAGAACCUUCCAUUUCGUUCGGCGACUCUUCUCCCAGCAGCGAUGCACCGGCCAGCACCUCAACUGGUGAAGGUGAAACGGUCGACCUUCGCCAUCACUGGAAGCGUCCCUACAGCUACGGCUACGGCUAUGCCCACGCUUCCUCUGCUUACUACCCCAGUUACUAUGGCAACAACUACUACGGCGGAGGAGCUUAUAAUAAUUACUACCCGCAAAAGCAGUACUACGUCCAGUCUCAGCCAGUCGCCGCUUAUUACUAUCCAGCGACGAGUUACGGUUACGGCGGCCACAACUACGGCUACAACACCAACCAUUACAGCAGUACGUACCAGCAAACGUACAGCAGCAGCAGCAACAGUGGUGGCGGUGGAUUUUAUGGGCAUCAUGGCCUUGGCUAUCGUGAAGGAAACAAAGACGACAAGACGGCAGCAGCCGAAACUAUUCCGGCAAUCCCUUCAUCAUCAACAGCCGAUGGCGCUGUUGAUACCAUUCAAUUUAAUUGAAAACAAUUGCAUUUCUUCUUUCUACUGUUAUUAUGAUGGUUGUAAUAAUAAUGAUAACCCCUUCUGGAAAUAUACUCGGCCAAUGGCAGCAAUUUUA